AUGAAGAAGAAAUCCAAAACCAGCAGCGAACUCAUUCCCAACACCAAGGAGAUCAACGGCGAUGAAGAGGAGGAGAAGGAUGAGAAUGAUGAGAAGAAGGAGAAUGAGAAUGAGAAUGAGAAGGAGAAUGAGAAGGAGACGGAGAAGGAGAUGGAGAUCAAAACGGAGACAGAGAUCGAGAUGGACAUGGGCAUGGAGAUGCAUGUGGAGAUGGAGAUGGAGAUGGAGAAAGAGAAGGAGCAAGUGAUGGAGAAGGAGGAGGAGGAGGAGAAAAAUAGUGGCCGCAAGGAAAAAAAAGAAAAAAAUAAGGAAAAGAAGGAGAAAAAACUCCGACAGAAGGAGAAAGACUUAGAGCCCAAGGAGAGCAAUGACGAAGAUGAAAAGGAGAAGGAGAAAAAUAAUGAUCACAAAGACAAAAAAGAAAAAUUCUUUUCUAGGUUAAGAAAGGAGAAAAAGCUCCGACCAAAGGAGAAAGACGCCGAGUCCAAGGAGAGCAAUGAUGACGAGGAGAAGGAGAAGGACAAGGACAAGGACAAGGACAAGGACAAGGAGAAAGAGAAAAGUAGCGAUCACAAAGACAAAAAAGAAACUUUUUUUUCUAAGAUCAAAAAGGAGAAAAAACUCCGACAGAAGGUGGAAGAUUCUGAGGCUAAGGAGAGCAAUGAUGAUGAGGAGAUGGAGAAGGAGAAAGAGAAGGAAAAAAGUAGCGACCACAAAGAGAAAAAAGAAAAUUUCUUCUCUAGAAUAAAGAAGGAGAAAAAACACCGACAAAAGGAGGAAGACGUCGAGCCCAAGGAGAGCAAUGAAGAUGAGGAGAAAGAGAAACAUAGCGAGAAGAAAGAAAAACAUAGGGAAAAGAAGGAGAAAAAACUUCGACAUAAGGAUAAAAAAGGUGACAAAUAUGUGCAAUUGGAGCAAAUGGGCGAACGCGAACCCUUUGAAAUUUAG